GCGGGGCUUACCGGCAAUUCACAGUGGAGUGGUUGUAAGUGCAGCAGAGUUUUGUUUACCAUACAUACGGCGCUCGAGAGAGAGACGACUUUACAUUAGAUUAGUAAGCAGUGUUUUCACCGAGAUGUUAGUGCCAUCAGAUAUGACGACAACGCAAUCCAAGCUGCUCUACCAACUGAACAAAUUCUAUGGAGACAGGGUCCAAUCUCGGAAAGCAAUCAUCUCCAAGACGGUCAGUGACGUCUGCAAGGUGGUGCAGGACGUUCUAAAGGAGGUGGAGGUGCAGGAACCCCGCUUUAUCUCCUCGCUUAAUGAAUGUAACAGUAGGUUCGAUGGAUUGGAGGUGCUUUCACCCACCGAGUUCGAGGUGGUUCUUUACCUCAACCAGAUGGGGGUUUUUAACUUCGUAGACGACGGAUCUUUACCUGGGUGUGCCGUGUUGAAGCUCAGUGACGGCCGAAAGCGUUCCAUGUCGCUCUGGGUAGAAUUUAUUACGGCAUCGGGAUACCUGUCGGCGAGGAAGAUUCGGAGCCGUUUUCAGACACUUGUGGCUCAAGCGUGCGACAAGAGUAGCUACAGAGAGGUGGUCAAGAUGGUGGCCGAUACCACCGAGGUCAAACUGCGGAUCCGCGAGCGCUAUGUUGUUCAGAUCACGCCCUCUUUCCGCUGCAGCGGACUCUGGCCGCGAUCAGCUGCCCAAUGGCCAAUCCCUCACAACCCUUGGCCUACUCCCAACCUGAUAGCCGAAGUGAAGGCUGAGGGUUUCGACCUCUUGUCCAAAGACUCCGUCUCCCUGCAUGGAAAACAAUCCUCAAUGGAAGGCGACGCGUGGGUGCUGAACUUCACGGAGGCCGAGAACACCCUUCUUAUCGGCGGCUGUCGGAAGAAAUGUCUCAGUAUCCUGAAGACGAUGCGGGACCGCCACCUGGACCUGCCGGGCAACCCCGUCACGAGCUACCAUCUGAAGACCCUACUACUGUACGAGUGUGAAAAGCACCCCCGGGAGCUGGAGUGGGACGAGGCGAGUCUAGGUGACCGCCUGAACGGCAUUCUCCUACAGAUGAUCUCGUGUCUACAGUGUCGCCGCUGUCCUCACUACUUCCUCCCUCAGCUCGACCUCUUCAAGGGGAAGUCUGUCAAUUCCCUCGAGAAUGCAGCCAAGCAGUGCUGGCGCCUGACCCGGGAACUAAUGACCAGUCAACGUUCGUUAGAGAAGCUGUGAGGUAUCUAACAACAAACUAAAGAUAAAAUACACUGUGAAACCAGUAAACUCCUCUCUAAUA